AUGUCAGCUGCAAAGAUCCGCGCAAGCGAUCAUUACGUCAAGAAGUAUGGCGAUGGAGAACCCGGCGUUGAAUUCGACAACACAGGUAACGGGCCUUUGAAUGUUCCUGGCUUCCCCCUGGCUGUGUCGAUCGAGCGCAGCCACGAUGAGCGGUUCGCUCAUGGAUUCAACGAUUGGGCCCAAGACCGCCUGGCCGCCCGGGAAAUAGCCAUGAUUUCUCUUAUCAAUGACAUUACUGACAAACCGGGCUGGUCCAAGGACGUGUUCGAUAAUAUCAGGGUGGCGACGUGGCGGGCAGAGGCUUUGGCCCGCCCCUUGAUGAGCCCUCUCGCCUGGGACUGGUGUCUUCUCGAACUUCAAGACAUGGCGAAAGACGCUAAUGAGCGCAGACGUAUAUGUGUUCUCAACACGGCAUCGCGGGUAUGCAAGUCAGAUGGGCUGGUUUCGCUCUCCCUUUUGGAAGAACUCAGGCUACGAACCGGUUCAGUCUGGCGCGAUUUCCCGUUUGGAGUCGACCCGAACAUGUUUCCCUUGGUAUAUGGCCAAACCAAAGUUCUUUCACAGGGCGGUCAGGUCGAUUUCGAACAUGUCAUUGAUAGUAUUGGAGAAGGCGAAACAGCCAGUUGCCAACUGCUUGAGCCCCUGACCACCUCGAAGAGACGGGAGAAUUUGCGAAACCAUCGCCGACAAUGGCUCAACUCCUGGGAGACUCAUACGGAACGCUUUUCGGACCGCUUCCAAUGGCUUCCAUGUGAAGUCGACUUCUCUGAAGCCAACCCAAAUUCUGAUAGGUGCCCAGACGUCAAAAUCACUUCAUAUAUCAACAACCUGCACCCAGAGGCCCACAAGAGCCUCUACAGCACCAUCGAACAAUUCAUCUCCUUAUCCAUCCAGCCUUGGAAUGAUGUACUUGCCUAUCGUGAUCGAGGGCUAUGCCCCAGUCGCAUCAAAACAUCCGGUGUGGUUUGGUGGUCUCCUUUCCCAGACUGGGCUGUCGGCCUGGACAAGAUCGAGAGGGAUAGAAUGACGGAGGAGUAUAGCGAGGCGAAGAGAAGAGUGGAAGAGUAUCUUGCUGUCCCGGAGCUGCCUCCCGAAUUGCAGCAGAACAUGAGCUCCCGAGUCGGACUUCCGACCAUUGCAGAAGACUGGGAAGAUCUUGGCCUGGCCUGGGCUGUCCGAGUCAAACAUGAGCGCCUCAAACACUGGCUCCACCCUGAGCCGGGCAUUUCCUUCACAUACGAUGACUGGAGGCAAGGAAAGACUGGGAAAGCUCUUGUGAGAGGCCGCAUCCCAAGAAAGCUAUCAACGAAGUUCUUGUUGGGACCCUCGCCGCUGGGAGCUGGGCCAGACCACCAGUUCUACGCUGUUUCGCUGAAGGAUCGUUUUCUCAAGCAAGGUUUGCAAGUUGUUGUUCAACUCUCAACCGUCGAACUGACACCGGAAAACCCAGUUCAACCAACCACAGAUUGGCACCUCCAUGGCAUGGGUAACGAGCACAUCGUGGCAACUUCGCUGGUGUAUUUUGACAGCAUCAACACAACCGAGACAUCUGGUGCCAUUUCUUUUCGGGUCGAGGCAGACCUAGACGCAGACACACAUGUCUACACGCGAGGAGAUCUUGCACCACUGGCGGGGAUCUAUGGUCUUGCUGAUCCUGGCCAACUCCAUAGCGAAAGUGAGGAACCUAAUGCGCUGCAGGAGCUCGGCACCAUCGUGGCCCCAGACGGCCGACUGGUGGCUUACCCCAACACCUUGCAGCACCGUGUAGAGGCGUAUGAGCUGCUGGACCGCUCACGUCCAGGCCGCCGUCGUUGCUUGACGGUGCAUCUUGUCGAUCCCCACUACCGCAUUUGUUCUACGCGCAAUGUACCGCCGCAACAGCACGACUGGUGGGUUGAGGAGGGACCGGCAAAGAUCGACUGGGCAGGUCAUCACGUCCCGCAGGAGAUGAUCAAUCGAAUCAUGACGGAGGUUGGAGAAUGGCCCAUAGGCAUGGAAGAGGCGACGAGGGUGAGGGAUGAAGUCAUUAGUGAGCAUCUGGCCGGCAUGAAGGCAGUGCAGGAUAGGGUAAUGCGGUAUCAAUUUGAUUAG